AUGAAACGAAUUUAUUCACUCCUCGAGGCUUCACAAGAAAGCUAUUUUGUCGGCGGAGUCGGCUGCAUCGUUCUCUAUCUGCAGCCUACGAAGACCCAUCGAAAAACGACAAUGGAGGAGAGAAAGUCUACGACUUCCUUAGGCACAACUAUCCUACUAUUCAUAGUGAUAUCGAGCAUUUAUAUCCAGAAGACUUUUAAAAAGCGCAGGUUUCCAGAAAUCCAUCGAGGGUGCUGUGGGGGUAUUACAUUAUUGAAGAAAGAGAUAUCAUAUGGGUGUCGAGAAUUGAAGAUUCGAUCUACCGUACCAGAGGUAUCCUAUCGCUGUUGGGUAUCCAUGUGUCAUGCUGAGAAGCUGACCGCAAAGAAACACCUCUUUACAUGCUCAACUUUAAUGAGGAUUGAGAUUAGGAAGUCCUGGAUAAUACUAAUCCCUGAGGCAAAAACAGAGGCGAUGUGGAAAGAGCGCAGCAAUCUCCAUCUGUGGUUCCAAGUAUACGUCAUUAAUUUGUUGUUUUACGGCCUGCAAAACGAUGACCACACGAAGUCGGCUUCCGUCAUGGUUUUGAAGCAAAUGGCCUUCAAAUCCUCCCAUACCCCCGAUCCAGUUGACUUGUGUCAAGCGAUACAGGAGACGGCGGAUGACCAGCGUGUCUCCGGCACCAUAUUGAUCUUGAUUACGAGCUUCCCACUAGCAUCUAGAUAUCUUCUCCCAGAUUCCAUGCCAACAUGUGAAGGACUUACUGAACUUUCGAUAAGUCAUAAAAAGAGUCCAUCCAAAUAUUCAGCUCCUCGAGGUAUUUCCGGGCUGCAACAUCGAAGUAAUGAAAUUAUUUUAGACGAUGUCCAAGUUCCAGACGAGAUAUAG